AGCGCCGUGCGGGGCCGAGCCGAGCCGAGCCGUGCGGAGCCGGGCCGGGCCGAGCCGCGCCCCGAUGAAUGGGAUCGCCUUCUGCCUGGUCGGGAUCCCGCCGUCCGCCCCCGCGCCAACGCCGGGCCGGAGAGAUGGGGCGUCCCCAAACGCCAACGCACCCCCGGAGGGGGGGUCCUUCCCCUGGGUGGGGCCCAAGACGGUGGCGCUGCGCAAGAGCCCCCAGGGCGGCUUCGGCUUCACCCUGCGGCACUUCAUCGUGUACCCGGGGGGGCUGAAGGCCAAGCACGUCCCGGCCUCCUCGGUGGUGUCCAGCGCCAUGAACUCGGCGCCCGCCGUGGCCACCAGCCCCGCCUCGCCCACCUUCGCCUUCGCCCUGUCCCGCCACUACUCCCAGGACUGCAGCAGCAUCAAGGCCGGCCGCCGCUCCUCCUACCUGCUGGCCAUCACCACCGAGCGCUCCAAGUCCUGCGACGACGGUCUGAACGCCUUUCGGGACGAGGGCAAGAUCCUCAGGAGGAUGCCCAGCCGGGUCCCCAGCCUCCGCAUGCUGAGGAGCUUCUUCACCGAUGGGAAGGUCGGCGGAGGCAUCCGGCAGUGGAAGCGCGUGUUCGCCGCGCUGCGCGCGCACUCGCUGUACCUGUGCAAGGACAGGCGGGAGGCCGUGACCUGCGCCCCGGCCCCAGGUGAGGAGGAGCCGCCGAUCAGCAUCCAAGCGUGCCUGGUGGACAUCUCCUACAGCGAGACCAAGAGGAAGCACGUCUUCCGCCUGACGACCGCUGACUUCUGUGAAUAUCUCUUUCAGGCAGAGGAUCGGGAAGACAUGCUGGCCUGGAUCAAAGUCAUCAGGGAGAACAGCAAGGCUGAGGGCGAGGACCCCGGUUUUGCCAGCCAAGCCCUUAUCAGCAAGAAGUUAAACGACUACAGGAAAGUGAGCCCUGCGGGCGCCAAGCCCGACUCGUCGCCCAAGGGCCCUCGAGGGCUGGGGAUCCGAGCCGAGUUCCUGAAGCAGACGGGAACCAGCGCGCCCCGGUCCCCCCGGCAGGAUGUGGCUGUCACAAAAGAUGAAGGCAGCUCCCAAAAAGCCCCGUGGGGCAUCAACAUCAUGAAGAAAAACAAGAAAUCUGCGCCGCGCGCCUUCGGCGUCAGGCUGGAGGAUUGUCAGCCUGCCCCCGACAACAAGAACGUGCCCCUGAUCGUGGAGGCGUGCUGCAAGGUGGUGGAGGACCGGGGGCUGGAGUACAUGGGCAUCUACCGCGUGCCCGGCAACAACGCCGUGGUGUCCAGCCUGCAGGAGCAGCUCAACAAGGGAGCCACCGAGAUCAACCUGCAGGACGAGCGCUGGCAGGACCUGAACGUCAUCAGCAGCCUCUUGAAAUCCUUCUUCCGAAAGCUGCCCGAGCCCCUCUUCACCGACGAUAAAUACAACGACUUCAUCGAAGCCAACCGGAUCGAGGACGCCAGCGAGAGGAUGAGGACGCUGAGGAAGCUGGUAGGGACAUGUCGCAGGGUGUCACAGGGACAUGGGACAGGGGUGGGGACACCACCCUGGAGCCCCCCUUGGGUGGGGACAGUGAGCAGAGGGGUGUCCUGGUUUGAAGGACAGGUGUCUGCCAAUACAGGCACCCUGCUUGCCAACCUGGAGCGGGACAUCUCCGUGCCCUCCUCUCCAAGAAAUGGGAACAACCCCUGGGAAAGCCCGACGAGCCCCCUGCCCGCCCUGUCCCCUCCCCCUCCUCUCCGGGGGGCCCCCGGGGUGCAGCGGGAAUGUUCCGGGGGCUCCGAACCGGCUCCGGACGCGCGCUCCAUCGUGUCCGGCUACUCCACGCUGUCCACCAUGGACCGCAGCCUGUGCUCCGAGGUGCCCUCGGUGGCCGGGAGCCGCGGCGAGGACGCGGAUGACGAGCGCAGCGAGCUCAGCCACAUGGAGACGGACACGGAGAGCCGCGAGGCGGGGCUGGGGACAGCGACAGCGACAGGCGACCAGGACAAGCCACCGCUGAGCCGCCCAUCCUUCAACUCGCACCGCCUGAUCCAGUGCGACACGCUGGCCCGCCGGAAACUGGGGAGGGCGCGGGCGGCUGGCGACACCAGCGGCGACGAGCAGAGCUGGGUGGCCCCGGGGCACAUCCGGCAGCUGCGGGGCUCGGUCGGCGACAUGGGGGACAUCGUGGGGGACAUCGUAGGGGACAUCGUGGGGGACAAGGGGGUCCGCCUGCGCCGCGCGCACUCCCCCGAGACCCGCCGCAAGAAGAGCAGCUGGCGCCGGCACACGGUGGUGGUGCCCGGCGGCCUCAAGGACCUCAACUUCAACGAGUGGAAAGAACCGCGGCGCCUCGAGGCGACACCGCGACCCUGUCGCGAUAAAGACUCGGGGCUCAGCAGCCUGGAGUCCACCAAAGCCCGGCCCGCGGGUCCCGGCCCGGCUGCUCCUGGCGGUGCUGGCCAGGGCGCGGCCACCAAGAGCCCCCCCGGUAGCCCCGGGCCCGCCCUGCGCUUCCCUCAGUGUCGCUGAGCCCCCGGGCAGGGUUUAAUUUAAGGACUGUCCCUUGUCCCCGUAUUUAAUUGUGCUCUGGACGAGCUGCUGGUAAUUAUUUAACAGGUCCCGGUGCCCGGGGUUGGGGACAAAGCCACCUCGUCCCGCCGCGCUUUGGGGACCAGCGGUGGUGGCACCGCACGGCGCCCCAGCCCCCCGGCAGUGCCAGGAGGGGCGCGGGGCUCGCGGGGACUGUCCCCAGUGCGGCACUGCUGUCCGCAGUGGUGGCAUUGCUGUCCCCUCUGGUGGCACUUCUGUCCCCAGUGCGGCACUGCUGUCCGCAGUGGUGGCACUGCCUUCUCCAGUGUGGCAUUGCUGUCCCCUCUGGUGUCACUGCUGUCCCCUCUGGUGGCACUGCUGUCCCCAGUGUGGCACUGCAGACCCCAG